UGCGGGCUUGUAGCGAAGUGCCGGUCGGCGGGGAAGGCGUCUGGAAUUUAAAAAAAAAAAAAAAAACAAAACAAGUCGCAUCCCAGACAUUUCGAGUGCUUAACGUUGUUGUAGUGUCCAGCCUUCAAGAAGUGCAUGCUCCUGCUGCCCGUAGAAAACAGCCAAGCUGGUAGCGCAAGCAAGGCAAUUAGUGCUGUAGAGAAAAACGCAGCAAAAGCUUCAAAAUUGUCAGAAGAACAUCCUUUCCCGUUCUGAGGUGUUGUCUGAGCACUAAACAUCCGAUGUCAGGGGAAUAUAUGAAAAGUUACGGACAGAAAGAAUGGAAGUGUUUGCAGCUCAGUGUUAAGGAAAGAUUGGAAGUGCACUGUGCCAGCAGCAGCACUGGGAAGCAGACUGUUACAUUCUGACUCGGACUCGGCUGCGGCCCGGCGGAUCCCAGAGAUGGCGAAGUACACAAGAGGCACUGUGACAGCCUUCUCUCCUUUUGAUGCCAGAGCUGAUGCGGAAGCUCUUCGUAAGGCCAUGAAGGGAAUGGGGACUGAUGAAGAAAGUAUUCUGAAGAUCCUUACCAGCAGAAACAAUGCUCAGCGUCAAGAAAUUGCAUCUGCUUUUAAAACCUUAUUUGGCAGGGAUCUUGUAGAUGACCUGAAAUCAGAGCUUACUGGCAAAUUUGAAACACUGAUGGUAUCUUUGAUGAGACCAACAUACAUUUUUGAUGCUCAUGCGCUGAAGCAUGCCAUCAAGGGAGCAGGAACCAAUGAGAAAGUGUUGACUGAAAUUCUUGCCUCCAGAACACCUGCAGAAGUGCAGAAUAUCAAACAGGUUUAUCUACAAGAGUAUGAGGCCAACUUGGAGGAUAAGAUUACAGGAGAAACAUCAGGCUAUUUUCAGAGACUGCUGGUAGUCCUGCUGCAGGCGAAUAGAGAUCCUGAUGGCAGAGUUGAUGAGGGUCUUGUUGAGCAGGAUGCUCAGGUUUUGUUUAGAGCUGGGGAGCUGAAAUGGGGAACAGAUGAAGAAAAGUUCAUCACCAUCUUGGGAACCCGAAGCAUUUCCCAUUUAAGGAGGGUGUUUGACAAAUACAUGACUAUUUCUGGCUUUCAAAUUGAAGAGACCAUUGACCGUGAAACCUCUGGUGAUUUGGAGAAGCUGCUUUUGGCAGUUGUGAAAUGCAUCCGAAGCGUGCCUGCCUAUUUUGCUGAGACUCUCUAUUAUUCCAUGAAGGGGGCUGGCACUGAUGAUGAUACCCUGAUACGAGUCAUGGUUUCAAGAAGUGAAAUUGAUCUGUUGGAUAUUAGACAAGAGUUCAGAAAGAAUUUUGCAAAAUCCUUGCAUCAAAUGAUUCAGAAAGAUACAUCUGGGGACUACAGGAAAGCGCUCCUGCUCCUCUGUGGUGGAGAGGAUGAGUAAUGGUGGCAGUGACACGAAGGAUUUGUUGUACUCCAGCUUUGCAGCCCUUUAGUUAGCAUGUCUAGCGAAGUUUUCGUAUCUUAAUGCUUUCUGGCUGUUUGAAUAUAUAUUAGUAUUGCACUUAUUAAAAAUGAGCAUAUUGUUAUCCAAGUGAUAGCUGAUCCUUCCUUCCCAACAUCCCAACUUCCAGGAAUUUUCAAGUGCCUUCUGUGAGUAUGUGACAGUUGUCUUCAUGGAAGAUGGGUCCUGAGCACAGAACACAGCUCUUUGCAAGUGUUUUGCUGAAAUAGGAAAAAAAUAAUCAUGUAUUUCACUAAUAAUGUGAAGAUUAUCUUUUUUUGCUUCUAUUCCUUACAUUUCCACUGAAUGUUAAUCUAGCUCUAACAUUGAAAAUGAAGAAGAGUUAUCCUUUGUAUGUAGUAUGUGAAUGAAUUUGCUGAACAUAAUACAAGCAAUCAUUGGAAAUCUAAAGGACCAAUAAAUUUUUUUUCCCUCUCA